ACAAUGAUUAGAUUUUAGGGAUUUAUUUUCCCUUACAUGAAUGUAUGUGAACAAAGGCAGCCUAGAUCUAGCGUCUGGGUUGUGUCCAGACAGUUGAAGCGUAUACCAGAUUGUCUCUCUGGGAAGUAUACAUCGCUUUGGUGGUGCUUUCUGGUAGCAGGGUUUGAUUAUCCUUUGAUUAUCCUUGUAUGAGUCAGUCUCUUCAAGUGCAAGCAAUCAUAUGGGUCUUAGAUAAAUAUUUCAUAUCCGGGAGAGGCUUUAGGUUUUCUUGCAGUGCAUUUGGAAUGAUAAAGGCAGUGGCAUUUCCUUGCAAAGCAUCAAUAUUGCCUUUUGCAAGGAUUGAGGUGCCUAACCAGGUAAAAGUUAAAGGAGCAAGGAUGGAGCUCUCUUUAACUCAACCAGAUGAUUGGCAUCUUCAUCUACGAGAUGGUGACCUUCUUGAAGCUGUUGUCUCUCACAGUGCAAGUCAUUUUGGAAGGGGAAUAGUGAUGCCAAAUCUGAAACCCCCCAUUACCACCACUGCUGCUGCUGUGGCUUAUCGGGAAUCCAUAUUGAAAGCACUGCCUGCCAAUUGUGACUUCACCCCUCUUAUGACACUAUAUUUGACCGAUAAAACAAGUCCUAACGAGAUCAAGCUUGCCAGAAAUAGUGGGGUAGUUUUUGCUGUAAAGUUGUACCCUGCUGGUGCUACAACGAAUUCUCAAGAUGGCGUUACGGAUCUUUUUGGGAAGUGCCUUCCUGUUCUUGAGGAGAUGGUUGAGCAGAAUAUGCCUUUACUGGUCCAUGGGGAGGUUACAAAUCCAGAGGUUGAUGUAUUUGAUCGAGAAAAAGUUUUCAUUGAAACUGUUUUAAGACCUUUGAUUCAGAAAUUUCCACGGCUGAAGGUUGUGAUGGAGCAUAUUACAACCAUGGAUGCUGUUAGGUUUGUUGAGUCUUGCAAUGAAGGAUCUGUUGCAGCAACCGUUACACCACAGCAUCUUGUUCUGAAUAGAAACUCUUUGUUUCAAGGAGGAUUGCAGCCACACAAUUACUGUCUUCCAGUACUUAAAAGAGAGACACAUAGACAGGCUAUUGUGUCAGCUGUGACUAGUGGAAGUAGAAAAUUUUUCCUUGGAACUGAUAGCGCCCCUCAUGAGAGACGACGCAAAGAAUGUCCUUGUGGAUGUGCUGGUAUAUACAAUGCCCCUGUUGCCUUGUCACUAUAUGCCAAGGUGUUCGAAGAGGCAGGUGCACUCGACAAGCUAGAGGCGUUUACGAGCUUUAACGGACCAGACUUCUAUGGGCUUCCAAGAAACACAUCAAAGAUCAAAUUGAGCAAGACCCCAUGGAAGGUGCCAGAGUCCUACUCAUUCUCCUUUGGGGAUAUUGUUCCAAUGUUUGCUGGUGAAACACUCGACUGGCUUCCAUCCUCCCCUUGAUCAGUGCCAUUCCAUCAGACAAAUGAGACAAUGGUUGUAAGGUUCUCUCUUUACCCCUCAUGCAAUGUCUCCACACCAGAACUAAAACAAUGGAGACAUUGUUGUCUUUUAGAAUAAUUGCUAACAGGGAUCCUCAUCUUAUUUGGCCCUGUUUGGAACCAUUCUUGAAAAGUCAAAAACUCUUUUUUGGAAGUUCAAUAAGAUUGUUCUUUUCUAAGUUCAAUAAAAUCUUUAUAACUUGUUUGGCAGA